AACCUUCCUUCUUCUUCUUCCUCUGAGUAUUUCUCAAGUUAUUUACACUUUUCAUUCAAUGAAGAAGAUCAAUCUGAUCCUCAGAAAAUGCAAGAGCUUGUCGCGGCAACUCGGCCGAUCAUCUUCCUACAGUAGCUUGAGGUCCAAAUCCACCAGAGAUCACGAACUAUGGGGCCGCCAUGACCAUCAUCAUCAGCUUCAACAAGAGGAGAAUUGCAAAACCAUUUUUGUUGGCAGCACGAGGAAACGGUACGUGAUUAGUUCUAAAUACUUAAAUCAUCCGUUGUUGAAUGCUUUGAUGGAGAAAUCGAAGCAAAAAAAUGGAGAGUUGAUUUUGGUUAAGUGUGAAGUUGUUCUCUUUGAUCAUCUUCUUUGGAUGCUUGAGAAUUCUGAACCGAAUCUCAUUCUCGAUUCUUUGGAGGAACUCGCUUAUCUUUAUGCCCUUUGAUUUUUAUUUUUAUUUUUUUGCAUGAAUUUCUUAUGCAUGUAAAAGCUGGCUAUAAACUGCUGGCCAUUUGAUCGAUCUAGUCAAGAAAGAAUUCUUGAUUAUUUGUUACAAUGUGAUAUUGAUUCGUUAUUACUAUUAUUAUUAUUAUU